CUGGAUUGGGUACCAUUGUACGUCUCUAGCUGUCUGUUAGUAAAGCUGAGGGAUGCCUGUAGAAAAAAAGUAGGAGAAGGUGUACCUACAGGAUACAGCAAUGGAAACCUGGUCAGUUGAGCAGGUCUGCAAUUGGUUGGUGGAGAAAAACUUAGGAGAGCUAGUUCAUAGGUUUCAAGAGGAAGAAGUCAGUGGGGCUGCUCUUCUAGCGCUUAAUGAUCGAAUGGUUCAGCAACUAGUAAAGAAAAUUGGGCACCAAGCUGUUCUAAUGGAUUUAAUUAAAAAAUAUAAGCAGAAGAGUCAAGAACUGAAGUCCCCGGGAAGCCCUCGAGAAGCAGCCCGGGUCCUGCAAGUGGAAGCAGCCCCAGAGGAUGACCAGUCCUCCAGUCCAGCCAGUCGUGGGGAGCAGGUGCCAUCUUCCCAUCCAGCUGAAAACCUUGAUCAUGGACUAAUUGACCAAAGAGUCCUGAAACAGAGAAGGAAUGUGAAGCAUGUCCUAGCAAGAAAUAAAGCAUUACAGUGGACUAAGUCCUAUGUUUUACCAGAGUUUCCUUACGACGUCAAAUGCAUGUUAGCAGAACAGAAGUGUCCCGAUCACAGCAUGAGGAUAAGGAUCAUCGAGUUUCUCCAGGCCGACAUGACUAAGUAUCUGGAAGGCUCACUGUACCCCACCACCCAGCAGUACAACGACGUGGUCAGCGCCCUGCUGCAGGCCCACCCCUUCCUGGACGAGGACGGCGGUGGCUUUUUUUUAUGGAAACGAGCCCUAAAAGAUCGCUUUAAAUAUGUUCGAAGACCCAUAGAAGAUGAUGAACAAGUGCUGAGAAAUAAGUGUAAAUUUGGCCACCGAAGAGGCCAGACAAGAAAAUCUCUUGCUGAUACAAGAUUUGAUGAAAUGAAAACUGUCCAGAUAAAAAAGGAAGCUGUUUAUUUAGAUUCUGAGGUAGAUGAACAUAUUAACUGGUUCCAACAAGAAUAUGUGAAAACAGAAAAGGACUGGAGAGAAGUUGAUAGAAGGAUGAGCCAGACUUUGGAAAUAAGAAGAAAGCUAAUCAGCAGCAGAACACCUCUGAAGGACAUUCUUCAGAUGUUUCCUUUCCUGAAGUGCCCUUAUCAGAUGUUCAGAGAAUUCCAGCUUCUCACAAGAACAGAUAUUUAUAAGAAAACAAGGCACAUUUUGGAAUCCUAUUCGGAAAAUAUACUGGCUUCUUUUUCUUUGGUGGACAAUCCAAUCAAUAUUGCAUUGCAAGAAAAAGUGAAACAGCAUACAGAUGAAGACACGUUGAAACAUAUGAAGAUGACAGCCAUGUGCUUACUCCUACCAGAUGUUUUUGGGGAGGAUCCCAGCCUUUUUGUCAUUUUGAAUGAGAAGCAAAACACACUUUUGCUCUCAGCCUCAGAGUACGUAAGGAACCUUGGCAGCCGUGUGGAAUUAGGGAUUGAACUGUGUCCUUCCCAAAUUCAUAUGCUGAAGAGCUCAUCUCCAGUAACCUUCAAAUGUGACUUUAUUUGGAAGCAGGGUCACUGCACUGUCAUCAGUUAAGGUGAGGUCAUACCAUAGCAGGGUGGGCCCCUAAUCCAAGAUGACUGCUGUCCUUAUGAAAAGGGGCGAUUUGGACACAGACAGACACAUACAGAUAGAGGACAACGUGAAGACAACCAGGGAACACCAUCCACAAGCCGAGGAGAGAGCUUCCUCCUGGCCCUCGGAAGGAAGCUACUCUGCUAACGUGAUGACUUCUACACUUCUUCAGAUGUCUGGCCUCAGAAUUGGAAGAUAAUAAAUUUUUGCUGUUUAAGCUGCUGGUUUAUGGUACUUUGUUACAGCAGCAAACGAAUCCUACCCUAAAUUCUGUAUUCAGUUCACUAAAUAAAGGCUAAAGUAAUUAAGUAGCAGUUUCUUGAAAUUUUCCUCUUUCCUCUAAAAAUAAAAACCUAUAAAUUUAAAUUGCUUAAUAAAUACUUAAUCAGGAAGAACUAGAGUCAUCUUAUACAACUCCAAGUAACAACUUUUUUUGUGGAAAAAAAUUGCUGCUUUUCAGCAAGGAAACAUCCUACUGUCAUAAACUCAAAGUAAAGACAUUGUGAUGUUAAUUUCUAAGUGUAAGACAAGGUAAGUGACAGCCAUGAGAAACCCGUUUCUAUUGUUUUCUGGAAACAUUUGCUGUGGUCCCAUGUGCUUGUGCUGUGACAGCCUUCUGAGAAUCAAGGCCAACAAGAGAAGCAGAUCUAUUUACACUUCACUCAACCCAGGCAGACCGUGGGAGAAUGAAGGGUCUGAUGGAAGUCUUCUGAGUCAUUAACAAAAAUGUCAACUCACACACCGGCUCCCAAGGAGCUCACUACAAAGAGUGAGCGGUUUAUUACAACCUUGGACCCUACUGAGUCUUCUUCUGAGACUGUAGGAGUUUAAAGUGACAGAUGACUGAUGAAAAGGAACAUUCAGAAAAUUACAAGGCUGGGAUCUGAAAGUUAGAAGUGGGAUGAGAAGGAUAAAUUUUGGUAGAUUAUUAUUUUUAUGGUUACCCUGGGAAGGCAAAAAUCAUCUUGCGGCUAGAGUCAGUGUAUUACAUACAUGCUGCUCUGAGGUGGGGCCAUAAGGAUGAGCCUCCACUGGAAAGAAGUAAACAGUUCAAGAACUUUCUAAGAACAGGGAUCACUGCAGUGUAUUCCUGGGUUUAUUUUUUGUUUGCUUUGUAAUGCAUAUAAAUUGGUCUAACUCCAGAGAUUAAGUAUCUUGCUAACGUCCCAAAACUCUGAAGGAGGAUUUUGAACUUGGGGGUUUCUUGCCCAAAUUUCAUUAUUCUUUCCACUGUGGACUGACGGUUCUUUUUACAGUGUUUUAACUCUGCAAAUCACAGCGACAUGCUCUUUGAAUGUCUUUCUCAGAGUGUAAAGGUAUGAGUAUAUUCACCCAAU